AUGGGAAACUCUCAAAGCGCGCACAAAAUCUCGGCGCAUGACAGGGCAAUUCUGGACAUGAAGAACCAGCGGGACAAACUGCGGCAGUACCAGAAACGCAUCACCGUCAUCACGACGCGCGAGACCGAGAUCGCAAAGGAGUGCCUGGCCAAGGGCGACAAGGCCAAGGCGCUGCUGGCGCUGCGGCGGAAGAAAUACCAAGAGUCGCUCCUGUCCAAGACAGACGCGCAGCUGGAGCAGCUGGAGAAGCUGACCAGCAGCGUCGAGUUCGCGCUGGUGCAAAAGGACGUGCUGUUCGGGCUGCAGCAGGGCACGCAGGUGCUGAACAUGAUCCACAAGGAGAUGGGCGGCCUGGAGGGCGUGGAGAAGAUGAUGGGCGAGACCGAGGAGGCCCGCCGCUACCAGCAGGAGAUCAGCGAGGCGCUAGCCGGCCAGAUGUCCAACGAGGACGAGGACGAGGUCGAGGACGAACUGGAGGCCAUGGAGCGCGAGGUCGUCGGCCUCCCCGAUGCGCCCAACAAGACCAUCCUAGGCGAGGACUCUCUCCCGGAAGUACCCAAGACGGAGCUGGAGCGGGAACAGGAGAGGAGACAAAAACGAAAGGAAAGGGCGCGGCAAAGGAGAGUGGCCUUGGAGGCCUGA